CCUUUCCUUUAAACCAUGUUUCUAUUGGGAUCUUCUAAAUGUUUUACCUUUGUUCCGCAGUUCGAGUGCUGCGGUAUCGACACCUAUAAGGACUUCAAGAACGCUACAGCGUGGACCAACAAAACAACGGUUCCUGUCACGUGCUGUGUUCUCACAGACAGGGAUAAAUUCCUGAACGGCGACAACACGGCAACACCUAAAGACUCGUUUUGUCCAGUCACGCCUACAAGUACAAAUUCCUAUAUGCAGAUGCCAUGCUAUCCGAAAAUCAGAAGCUGGCUCGUUCACAAGUCGGUCAUUGUCAUUGGAAUUGCCUUCGCCAUUGCCGCUCUGGAGAUCUUUGGAAUCAUCUUCGCUUGCUGUCUUAUGAGAACCAUCGGUCAACAGAAGGACUGAGAUCCAUGGUGUGCAUAUAUCUCUACACGAUGGGGUGGGGUGGGGUGGAGGAGACUCAAGGAAGUGGGGGUGGGGGCGGCGGCGACCUCCACAAUAUUUAGGACAACUUUACAUAAUGGCUAAUGACUAAUGGCUCGAUCUAUAGUUUAUAGAUACAAAUUUUGACCAUUGCAAAUAUAUAUAUAUAUAUAUAUAUAUAUAUAUAUAUAUAUAUAUAUAUAUAUAUAUAUAUAUAUAUAAAUAUAUAUAUAUAUAAAUAUAUAAACUAUACAAAACCCGCCCCCACCCUUCCUCCCUUGGCGCUGAUAACCCCUAUAUGUAUAUGCCAACUUGUUCUCAUCAUUUUGUAUAUUAUAUAUCAUAAUGGAACAAUACAGAACAAAAACCUGUUACUUUGACCUAAUUCUUAUUUUAGCCUGCUUUCCAUAAAAUCGGUAAUAAACGCAGACCGACGCAGAUCGGCGAACAUCAAAGAAAUAUUUUAUGACAACUUUCGCAGACGGUCAGGGUCGGACGGAUCCUUCGUAGCUCUGACGCAGUGGUCUGCUACUAUGUUCCCAUUU